UGGAUUAUUCGCACACAAAUUUUAAUUCAGAUCCGGCCGUGCGAGUGGAGCUCCGAAUAAAAUUGAUGUUUCGAUUGCUUUAACUGUUGAUUAGUUUUAACAAAAGUGCAAGAUGAUAAACAUAAAAACUGUGGCAAUUGGUUUCUAAUUUUCAAAUGAAACUAGAGGUUCACUGUGAUUGAUAGGAAGUUAUCGAAGUUAAUUGAAAAAAAUGAAACUCGUUCACAAAAAUCUUGAUAAGGCCGGCGACGGGAGCGUCGUGCUGAUUCCCGAGGAACCGGAAGAUAUGUGGCAUGCGUACAAUUUGAUCGCUGAAGGGGAUCAAGUGCGUGGAAGCACCAUCCGGAAGGUUCAAAACGAAACGGCAACCGGAUCAUCAUCCAGUAGUCGAGUCCGUACCACCCUAACCAUCAGUGUGGAGUCGAUCGAUUUCGAUACGCAGGCCCAAGUGCUGCGCCUCAAAGGACGAAACAUCGAGGAAAAUCAGUUUGUCAAGAUGGGUGCCUACCACACGUUGGAUUUGGAAUUGAACCGCAAAUUUACCCUGACUAAACCUGAGUGGGACUCCAUAGCACUGGAUCGGGUCGAGAUGGCGUGUGAUGUGACCCAGAGUGCCGAUGUGGCCGCCGUCAUCAUGCAGGAUGGGUUGGCGCAUGUUUGUCUCAUCACUUCUAGCAUGACGCUGGUGCGUAGUAAAAUAGACGUAGCGAUCCCCCGGAAACGGAAGGGAAAUGUUCAGCAACACGAAAAGGGCCUGGCCAAGUUUUACGAUUCGGUCAUUCAGGGCCUUUUGCGACACGUCAACUUCGAGGUGGUGAAGUGCGUCCUGCUGGCCUCGCCGGGGUUUGUGAAGGACCAGUUCUUCGAGUAUAUGUACCAGCAAGCGGUGAAAACCGACAACAAGGUGCUUCUCGAGAACAAGAGCAAAUUCAUGUUGGUCCAUUCAUCUUCGGGAUUCAAGCAUUCGCUGAAAGAGGUUCUACAGGAUCCAGCUGUCGUGGCCAAAAUGUCCGACACCAAGGCGGCCGGCGAGGUCAAAGCGCUCGAACAGUUCUACACCACGCUGCAGUGCGAACCGGCCAAGGCAUUCUACGGCAAGAAGCACGUCUCGAAGGCGGCCGAGGGCCAGGCCAUCGAGACGUUACUCAUUUCGGAUAAUCUCUUUCGCUGCCAAGAUGUCGCCACACGGAAAGAGUACGUACAGCUGGUGGAUUCCGUGCGCGAUUCCGGCGGUGAAGUGAAAAUCUUCUCCAGUAUGCACGUUUCCGGUGAACAACUAGCUCAACUGACCGGAGUAGCUGCUAUCCUUCGCUUCCCGAUGCCGGAACUCGAGGACAGCGAAGACGAACAGUCCGAUUCCGAUUCGGAUUGAUUGCGUUCGUUGAACAAAUCUCGGUGAAUGGGGUGAGUCAGAUAUCGACUGUUCGUGGAACGACUUAUUUUUUACAUUUGUGUUUGUUUCCCUAAAUCCCCUAGCAGUUUUUUUUACCUCAGUCAGAUAACAGCUAUUGCUACGAUAUAAAUUCAUAGACUUUUGUUUAGCUAUUGUUAAUCCCAUUCUAUGUCGAUAAGGUUGUAACUGUUAGAAAUUUCGAUAUUAUUGUAUCAGAUGAUUACCCAUUGAAAAUUUUGAUAGUUUUUCAAAAUAAGUUUGUGAGAAAAGUUUAUUGACGAUCGUCAUCGAACUUUUACAUGCAAUCAACACAAUCAAUUGUAAGUUUAUCGAUAUUAUUUUUGUAAAUAAGGAAAGAUUGAAAAAAUUUCAGAUUAAAACUUAUAUUAUAAACACA